CAUUACAGGGUAUAGAUUACAUCUGGUCACGAAGUUCUCAAACAAAACAUUUGAUCCCACUUUUCCGGACUGUUUACAAAGUCAAAUCAAGUCAGGCGUGUUGGAAAAGUAAAAGAUUUCUAACUUUGUCUAAUCGCUAUGAAUGGCACAUGCCAUCUCGUCAAUCUGAUCACGCGUGCUUUCGCAUCUCUUGCUCUAAACACCCGGCAGCAAAUUCGCCGUGUAAAGACCAUGGCGCAGUCUCCCGUUCGUCUACGAGAUACCUCCCCUGAGUUGAUCUCUCAGUUGGGAAAACCGCCCAGGAUGCGCGAUAAUCCGGCAUUCCGAAAAGUGAAAACUCCUGAGUUUGAAAGUGUAUUUACCCCCGAACUGAAUGAUUUGGUGGCACUCUUCAAAAAGUACGACUAUGAGCUGCGGAUAGCCGGCGGCGCAGUGCGUGAUAUCCUGAUGAGCAUUCCCCCGAAGGACAUCGAUCUGGCCACCACCGCCACUCCGGAACAGAUGAAGGAGAUGUUCGAGAAGGAGGGAGUACGGAUGAUCAACGCGAAUGGAGAAAAGCACGGCACCAUUACUCCCCGCAUCAAUGACAAAGAAAACUUUGAAGUGACUACGCUGCGCAUCGACCUUCGCACUGAUGGACGACAUGCGGAAGUUGUGUACACCACUGACUGGCAGCUGGACGCGAACCGCCGUGAUUUGACUAUUAACUCUAUGUUCUUGGGCUUCGAUGGCACCGUCUACGACUAUUUUUAUGGCUACGACGAUCUGCAGGAGCGCCGAGUGGUCUUUGUAGGCGAAGCAGAUAUUCGGAUUAAGGAGGACUUUCUUCGCAUCUUGCGAUAUUUCCGAUUCUAUGGACGCAUAGCGAAAAAAGAAAAUGACCACGACGAAGCCACUCUGGCUGCUAUAAAAGAGAACGCAGAAGGACUUGCCAGAAUAAGCGGUGAGCGGAUCUGGAUGGAACUGCAAAAGAUUGUGGUCGGCAAUUAUGGACCCGAAUUGCUGUUGGAAAUGCACCGUUGUAAAUUGUUCAAGCAUAUUGGUCUGCCUGUUGAGCCUAACUUCAAGGAGUUCAAGCGACUUUGCGCUGCCCUAGUGCAUUUCGAAAAGCCGCAUUACCCGAUUUUGUACUUGACAGGUAUGUUGCAUUCCGUGGAAAAUGUCAUGGAGAUGCACAAGCGCCUUAAGCUUUCCGCCUACGAACGCGAUCUGGCUAGAUUCAUUACACAGUGGCGAGAGAAAGUCGACACAGAAUACAAGACCCUGCGCGACUACCAGAAGCUUUGCUUGCAGAAGUACAUUCAACGAGAUUAUGUAGAAUCGCUGCUAAAGUAUUCAAACAAACAAGAACUUUACAAUCAGCUUAAGGCAUGGGUUGAGCCGGAGUUUCCAAUUCGGGGAAAUACUUUGGAAGAACAUGGUGUUAAGGGAAUACGAAUUGGUCUGGUGUUGGGCGAACUGAAGCUUUUUUGGGCAGAUAGCGACUUCAAACUAACCAGCGAAGACUUGCUUAAAAAGGUUCCCGCUAUUUUGGAAAGUAUUCCCAGUUCUCCCGGAAAAGUAAAACGUUUGAAAUAGUACUCGAUCCAUCUAAAGCUCUGUUUGUUCGGAUUCGUAUUUAUUAAAAUAUAUCCGAGCACUUUAUUUUA